GGACCCGGCAAGGCGCAACCGCAGGGCAAGGCGCCGCCGCGGCAGCAACGCGCCCAGGCCGAGGCGCGGCCCCCGCAAGCGAACGGCGCGGCGGCGCCGCGGGCGCGACCGAAGCCGCGACCGGGACGGCCGCAGCGCGCCGCCGCAGCGCCGGCCGCCGCAGCACCGGCCGUUGUUGACCCGCGCGUCGACGAGGACGCGCGGCGACGCCGGGAAUCAGCGAGACGCCGCGCGCCCCAGAUGGCGCAGCCCGUGCGACGAAAACCAAAAGUGACGCAGAAGGCUACCCUGAAAUUGAACUCCAAGGGCCUGACGACGGCCGGGAAAGUGGCCGGGGCGCUCGGUGUCGGUGUUGAUGUGGUCCGACGGGCCCUGGCCGCUUUGGGCUCGGAGCAGCGGCGACGCGACGCCGACCUCGACGGCGACACUGCCGAGUUAGUGGCCAUGGAGAUCGGCCGAACGCUGGAGGUCGUGCGGGCCGUCAAAGCUGCACGAGUCGUGAAGGACUCGGUCGAGGAGGUCGACGCGAAGGCGGCUUUAUUGAGAGCUGAAACGUUGGAGCGGGAAGCUUCUGACGCCUUCGAGAAGGCCGCUUCACAAUACCCCUCGGGAGACGACUGGUCCGCACUACCGCUGCGACCGCCCACCGUCGCGGUGCUCGGCCACGUCGACCACGGCAAGACGACUUUGUUAGAUGCGCUGCGAGGCACGUCGACAGAAGAGGCCGGUGGGAUCACGCAAUCCCUGAGCGCGUUCACGGUCGGCAGUACGACCUUCCUCGACACGCCGGGCCACGCCGCUUUUACGGCCAUGCGCCAAGCGUCGACGCACGCCGUGGAUUGUGGGGUCGUCGUCGUGGCCGCGGACGAUGGCGUGAUGCCUCAGACGCAAGAAGCCGUCAAACAGUGCCGCGACGCCCAGGCCUCGAUCAUAGUGUGCGUCACGAAGUGCGACGUCUGCGACGUCAAGGAGGACGACCUUCGGUUGCAGUUGUUGGAGCAGUGCGGCCUGGCUACGGAGAAGGACGGCGGAGAUGCUCCGCUCGUCCGAGUUUCUGCGAAAAAUAAUGAUUUAGAUGAGCUGCGAACUACCCUAGAGCUCGUGGCGGAGGUCAGCGACCUGCGGGCGGAUCCCUCCGCGCGCGCCAGGGGCGCCGUCCUCGACGUUUCUUCAGACGCGAAAUCAGGAUUGACCGUCGACGGCGUCGUGAGAUGGGGCACGCUGCGCAAGGGCGACGUCAUCGUCUGCGGCGACUGGCACGGGAAAAUUAGAUCUGUGGUAGGGGACCCCUUGGGUGCACAAACAAAGGAGGCGGGUCCGGGCGCGCCCGUCCGAUUUUCUGCAGCGUUAAGUAGUGAGGGCGGCGGGCCUUUGGAAGGACAGUUCGUCGUUGUCGAGGACGCCGCGACGGCCCGAAGCGUCGCGUCGCUGCGCGGGCGCGCCAUUCAAGCGCGGCGGUCGGCGGCCGAGGCGCGGUCGGUCGCAGACCGCGUUGCCGUGUCUGUUGACGACGAGGAGGAGGAAACACAAGUGUUGAGGCCGCCCGUCGUCCUCAAGGUCGCGACGGACGCCGAGGCCAAGGCCUGUGAAGCUGCGUUACAAGCUUUACCAUCACAACGCGCCGUCGCUGAUAUAAUAAAAUGCGACGUCGGCGCCGUAACUCCGUCGGACGUCGAGCUAGCAUCAACUUUUGACGCGCCCAUCUUCGCGUUCAACGUGGGCGCCUCUGGCUCGGUCCGAGAAGCUUGCCGAAGGCGAGAAGUACCCUACACGCGACACGACAUCGUCUACUCGCUCGUCGACGACGUCGCCGCCUACCUGUCCUCGAAGCUGCCUCCCGACCGCAUCUCAAAAGACGUGGCGCGCGCCGAGGUGCUGCAGCUCUUCACAUUGAACAAUGGGUCGACGGUUAUUGGGUGCCGAAUCGUGGAAGGCACCUUCCCGGCGAGCGCGGGCGUGCGCGUGGCUCGCUCUGGCGAGGUCAUCGAGACGGACGCCCGCGGCGUGGCGUCGCUGCGGCGCGUCAAGGACGUCGUGAGCGAAGUCGCAAAAGGUCUCGAAUGCGGCGUCGGCUUGCAUUCUUCCGAGGUUUCAGGACUGGUGAAGGAGGGCGACGUGCUCGAGGCGUUCGUCGUCGAGGAGCGGCCGGCGGAUCUGGGGGGUGGGGGUAAUGUUACGUAG